ACCGGAAAGUACUUCUUUUAUUAUUUUUUAUUAUUGUUGCUGACGAGACGCUGAUAAAGAUUUGUUACUUAUUAUUCUCAGACGGGGAAGCUACAAACAACGACAUAGAAACCAUCGCCUGGUGAAAAUAAGGUUUUCCCCCAAGAUCACAGGUCCAUCUGAAAAGAGCCAGGUUGAGAGAAUGGAAGGAAAGGUGAUUAAAAUGGAGGUGGAAGAAGAGGCAACCAGGUCUGUGGAAGUGCAGGUGGAUGUGGCUGGCAGCGAAGAGAAGUCAGAUGAAGCUUUGUCUAAUGGUAGCCACACAACCCCUAAGAGAAGCAGGGGUAGGCCCCCCAAAAACCGACUCGUCUCUGAAUCAGAUCAAGCCUUAUCCAACGGUAGCUCCACAACACCUAAGAUGGAACAGGGUAGGCCCAAAAGAUCAGUCACUAAGAAGGGAAGAGGUAGUCCCAGUGUAGCCUUGUCUAAUAGUAGCACCACAACACCUAAAAAAGGUCAGCAAAAAGGAUCAAUCUCCAAGUUAGGUGCUAACCGCAUAACACCUAAGAGGGGAAGGGCCAAAGGAUCAGUGUUCACAAAACCCAAGAUGCUGAAGGUUAUAGGCAAGCCGUCGCAAGGCCAACCCCUUAAAGUGGUUGACCCCUCCCCUAAGAAGUGUGGCCGGCCCAUUAAAGUUAAAUCAAAAAGGGGUAGGCCAAAGAAGAUCCUAACACCCGAGGAGGAAGAGGAGAGAAAGAAACUGGAAAGUCAACCAAGAGUGUUGAAGCCACUUGGAAGGCCACGCAUCUAUCCCCGCAAUGACCCACCAGUCAGUGAGCCUAGAAGAAGAGGCCGCCCAUGCAAGAUUAAGAACAACAGGGGUGCUCACUUGCGGAAACCCCCCAAUCCCAAUCUCAAACCCCCCAAUCCCAAACCCCCCAAUCCCAAACCCCCCAUCUAUGAUGGUUCCCAACGGAAAAGAGGCCGUCCCUCUAAUGCAGCAAAAAAAGAGAAGAUCAAGGCAGAGCAAGAGAAGGCCAACAGUGAACCUCCAGUCAAACGGUCCUGCAACUUCAACGAAAUAAGCGAGGCAGGAUUUCCUCCAGUCGAAGAGGACAUUGAUAUGUAAAAAGGUGAACUGAGGAAAGUGAAACCAGAAAGGGGAAUGGAGGAAAGUGAAAGCGGAUAAAUAUACAGAAGACACCAAGAAGCCAGUUACCUCCAGUGACCGCAGUAGCUUUCUCGGGGCCAUAAGCAGGAUGUCUGGCGACAGCCCGACCAGGGCAAGUACUCCCCACUUCAUAGCUGCCCUGUUUUGGGGGGGGGGGGGGUUCCAGUAUAAUUGCUGAUAUGAGACCAUCUGAUAAUGCAGUUUUAUAUGGGGUGAUCUCAGUUAUGAAAAUAGAUAAUGCACUCUUUCACUUGUCUGAUUGCAUUCUUCACCUUUAUGGGGUUAAAAUGGUUAGCCUUAUUGUUGACCUGGACCAUGCAACUUCCAAUUCUUUCUCUGCAUUGUUGGGAAGGGCCCAUAAGCAUUUCACUGUUAGUCUACGCCUGUUGUUUACGAAGCGUGUGACAAAUACAUUUGAUUUGAACCCAACAUUUUAAAUUUCUACAUUAAAAAUGUACAGUUUCACUACUUGAGGGUUUUGUUCACCAAUAGAAUCCUUGUAGUUUGCUUAUCAACGUUACUCCUCAGAUCUUUUUAUGAUUUAGACUUAUGUUGUUUUUUUGUUGACUGUCAGUCCUGAUCACUAGGCCUACUUUGACAUAACCAGUGGAGUAACAUUUCAAACAGGACAGCUUGUGAGAGAUUUUUAGAUUUGUCAAUGUUUUCAAUAAUUCUUUGGUGACAUUGUAAUGUGUUCAUUGUCAUGAAAAAUCUGGUUGUUUACAAAAAUGUUAUAGUUGUGGAUGGCUUGGUUUCACAGACCCUGGACUAAUGUUAUACACGUUUAUGUAGGCUACAUGUAUUGGGCUAUAUCAUGAAGUCUUGACCAUUGACAUUCCAGUAUAAAUGCAUUCCUUUAUGUAUCCACCUGUCAAUUUAAACUCUGCCACUGACCGACUGCAUUAUACAGUGGCAAGAAAGUAUGUGAACCCUUUGGAAUUACCUGGAUUUCUGCAUAAAUUGGUCAUAAUGUGAUCUGAUCUUCAUCCAAGUCAUAACAAUAGACUGCUUAAAACUAAUAAAAAACAAUAAUUUUU